GCCAAGGGGCACAACAAGGAUCCGACGAUCGAAAUGAGGCAGUGGCUGCUGCUGCUCGUCCCGUCGGUCGGCGUCGUAUCGUCCAUGCGAGUCCACCGCACUUGGACCACACAGCCAUGGUGCGACAGUGUCGUGUCACCAGUGUGGCCCUUUGCUUACCAGAAGGACCCCGCGCAAACCGUGGAAUACGCGGGUCGUGUCAACUCCAACGCCCAAGACAUGCGCCACGUUUGCUCCAGCUUUGGCGUCCAAAGCAAAUGCCACAUGUGUCAGAACGACGCCUUUCAGAUCCAAGGCGUGGAUUGGUCGGUCUUGCCCGUCAACAUUCCCACGGUCACCGACACUCCAUUCGUCGUGUCGACUGCGGUGCCCACGCAUCGCUACGAUUAUGGUCAUCCCAACGUCAGCCACGUCUGUGUGCUACUCUCUGGUGCCGACUGCCUGACACCGUCCUCGACCACCAGCUACGCAACUUGCACAACGCGAUGUUGGGGCUACCAAGCCGGUCCGUUAACUAGACAGCCAGACGUGGACGAUGCGACCGACAGAUGGGACUUUGCAAGCCAACCGUCGACGGCUCAAGGGCAAGUCACCACCGUGGCUGGUUCUGGCCAGCCCGGGUUUCAGGACGGCCCCGUGGCGUCGGCCCAGUUUUCGUUCCCGCGAGGAGUUGCUGUGGAUAGCCAACGCAACGUGUAUGUAGCGGACACAAACAACCAUCGCAUCCGACUGAUUCGUAGCGCUACCCAAGACGUAGUGACGAUCGCAGGCGACGGCGUGCGGGGGUCCAUAGACGGACCCAUCGGCGCCGCGCGGUUCUCAUUUCCCACGGGCAUCGCCGUUCUGGAGUCUGGCGGCAGUGUCGUCAAGAUAUACGUGGCCGACACGGGCAACCACCGGAUUCGGGUAAUCGAUCUGCAAUCGCAACGCGUGUUGUGUUUGGGAGGGCGGUGUGGCAACGGUACCGAGACUGCGACAUUGGCACAAUCGAUUGCAUCGCCGCAGCCAGGUCUGGCCGAUGGCAGCCCCAACAAUUCCACGUUUGAUAGCCCCAUGGGCAUCGCUGUGACCCCCCAAGGCAUUGUAUUUGUCGCAGACACUGGCAACCACGUGAUCCGCCGCGUUGGAGUGGACGGCACCACGACCACAUUGGCCGGUAAUGUCAUCCUGCAAUCCAAUCCCAUGCUAGGAUGCGCCCCGCCCUGUGUGAUGGGGGUCGCCGGCUUUCGCGACGGAAAUUUGACAUAUGCCCAAUUCAACCACCCCACCGACAUCACCCUCGGUCCGACCAAUACUCUGAUCAUUGCCGAUGACCAUCGCGUCAGGCGCAUCGUCUACGGCUCAGCGACAGUGCAAGGCAUCGCUUCGUCCGACCGCGUGGUGACUGUAGCCGGUGUAGGGCCGUUUGUGGCUGGUGAGACAGAUGGAAAGGCGGACGAAGCGUCGCUCCAUGUCACAGGAGUGGCCAUGGCUACAGAUGAGCGCGUGUAUGUAACCAGCUCGAUCUCGUCCCACAUUCGAACAGUCACGCCAUCAGCGUUGGUGAUGGAGCGGAUUACGUGCUCGACUCGGGGGUUUGAAAUCCUGAGUCCAUCGGGGUGUGGGUCGUACGAUCCUCCAUUGGGCGCCAUGGAUCAAAAAGUGUCGCCGGCCGUGGGAAACGUUUACUACAACGCCGUUCGCCGCAACGUGUCGAGUUACGAAGGAGGCAAGAACAUCUUGGGUCGCACAGUCCAGUCGUGUACGGGAUCCCCCCCCAUCGACCCCCUCGUCACAGGCUCAACUAGCGUGACUAUGUACGACUCAACUGGCCGAGUGAUCCGAUCUGUGUGGCAGGACGUCGAUGUUGGCACUUCGAUCACGGUGCAAUGUCCCGCCAACUGCAACAGCGGUACCCCCCAAGUGUUUGGCACGUCCAUGUACACGGACUCGUCCCAGAUUUGCUACGCGGCUAUUCAUGCUGGUUUGAUGACAUCCAGUGCUUCGGCCCUGCUCACGCUCACACUGGAGGCCAACACAUUGUACGACUCGUUGGCUAUUCGAACAGGGUCCACCGCCAACGGUGUCACGUCCGCCACGAUGCCGUCCGCGCAGGCUGCCGCCCGACUCUUCUCCCUGGAGAUAACCCCCUUGACCAGGCGAUUCGUGCAGACUGUUGCCGGGGCACCGGUGUCCCUCCUCGAAUCCCCGCGCGGGUAUCGAGACGGCGCCCCGCCACUGUUUGCGAAAUUCCAAGGACCAACCGGCAUCGACGUGUUUGAAACUCCAUCAAGCACGAACCUCGUGAUUGUUGCCGACACUACCAACCACCGGAUUCGCGGACUCACGGCCGCAUGUUCCAAGAUCUGUGAGAACCAAGGCCAAUGCAUCAGUGCCGAAACGUGUGCGUGUGCGCCGGGGUGGCGCGGGGACGACUGCACCAUCCCCGUCUGUACCCCGGGGCUAUGCGGAGAUCGACAGCUCUGCGUCGCGCCCGACACAUGUGCGUGUGUUCCAGGCUACAUGUCGUUUCCAGCAUGCGAUGUCCCUCUCUGCGUCCAAGCUUGUGUCCACGGCAGCUGCGGAUUUCCCGAUACGUGUGUGUGUGCGUCAGGCUGGUUUGAUGCUAAUUGCACCACGCCAGUGUGUAGUCAAACUUGCGGCAACUCUGGGAAUUGCACUGGUCCGAAUACGUGCACGUGUACACCAGAGUGGCAAGGCACGGACUGCCGCACCCCAGUGUGCCAUCAAAUAUGCGCCAACGGCGGGGUCUGUGUUGCACCCAACACAUGCCUGUGUCCGACCGGGUGGAGCGGCCACGAUUGCGCCAUCCCCGUGUGCAUCCAGGGCUCGUUUGUCGCGCACCCCAGCGGGUACCAGUACGGCCUCUUCCGUCCGUUCAGUUGGGAUGUGUACGCGCCGUGUGAAUUCGACGCGUGGUGCCAGGCCACCAUGGGCUUUGAUUGCGCGAAACGGCCGUCGACGUUGCUGCAACCGAAGUGCAAGUUGCUGGAGCUCCGGGCGACAGCCCUGAGUCAUUACUCGUACGCGGUGGAACACGCCAUCGGGAGCACCCCUUUCCGGCGGUACUCCACAGCGACCCCGUACGGGCAAGACAGGGUCAACUUGACAUAUCCAGGCGCGCCAGUUCUCAUCCCUGGGUUGUUCACGACACCGCCGUACACGGCCACAGUUGAUCGCAUUCUCGCGUCCGUGGAAAGGCGGCGCAUGACACAGGGAGUAUACGUGUGUGCCAACCAAGGCAACUGCACCGCGCCAGACAUUUGCGUUUGUGCCCAAGGCUGGAGUGGAUUUGACUGCCGUACCCCUGUAUGCACUCAAGGGUAUUACACGCCGACACAACCGACGUUCGUGUCGGCCGAGCCACUGGAAAGCAAACACUUCAACCAUCCGCCCUCAAAUGGCAACCCAGCGUACCCCCAAACUGUGGAAACGCUGUCUUGGGAUCAUUACACUGUCGCAACCGUAUCCCAAGGCAACACUCGGUUCUUGUCGCAGGGGUUUGAGGCCCAGGGGGGCUAUGCGUGUUCGUCGCGCAGCCUCACGCAGUUUGAAAAACCCGCGACGUUGGAUUCCCCGGCCCACUACUGGAACUUUGCCAAUUAUUUCUCGCAGUACAUGAACGAUUCCAUGUACUGGCCGCCGCUCUACGCAAAGUCGCCGCCAUUGUGGGACAACACCCAAGACGGAUAUCGCCGCGCCGGCAUUUGGUCGUACCAGUCCCCUGCGCAGUGGCAAAAAGGAACGUGUUUGGUCGAGUUUGUCCGAACGUGUCCGCUUCCGUCGUCCCCCACUGUCUCCGUCGACCCCGACUCGACCUACCGCCCCAUCGUGCGCUACUCGGCGGUGAAUGCCUCGUCCAUCCAGUCGUUCGACGGCUGCGUCGACUACGUCCGUCGUGGCUGCUUCAAUAAUGGCACGUGCGUCGCGCCAGACACAUGUCUCUGUGCGACGGGGUGGACGGGCACCGACUGCUCCGUCCCCAUUUGUGUUGUUCCUUGUGUCCAUGGCGCCUGCACCUUGCCCAACCGAUGCACGUGCGAUUUGGGCUGGACGGGGGUCGUGUGCUCGGUGGCGAUAUGCGCGCAAGAUUGCCGCAACGGCGGCCGCUGUGUCGCUCCAGACACGUGUGAGUGCCCGACAUGGGCUAGCGCGUGGCGGAACGGCCGGCGCAACGGCGGUACUCCCAUCUUUCUCCUUCCCGACGGAUCGCCCCAGUUGACGGGAUGGACGGGAUACGACUGCAAUACCCCCAUCUGCACCCAAGCCCAGCGAUUCCUCUUGAAUGCUGUUCGAGACACCCCCACGUUUGUCGCGAUGCGAGGCGACUUGCACAAGACGCCAUGCGUCCACUUACGCUGUCCGCAGUAUGACAUUGAGCUCACAUCCAACGAUGGUACGUCCUUCCAAUCCGGAUGCGCGCCGGGUAUUCCGUACCCCAACCCCGUCUUUACCGGCCCGUCGACGCUGAACCAGGCCAACUGGGACGCGUACAACGACACGGCCACGACUGGGCGGCAGUCCGACGCGGCGCUUUGCAGGGUGCUGCGGUGGCAGCAAGGCGAGUUUUCCAAUCGCGUCGUCCGUCUGAACCACCCGGGGGUCGCCCGGGGCGAAGGCGUGUACGAGUGCUACAACAAGGGCUCGUGUGUCCGGCCAGACGUGUGCAGCUGUGCGGAUGGGUACACGGGUUUUGACUGCCAACUGCCGCUGUGCCGGUACACGACGCCUGCGGGGGAUGUGACGGGGUGUCAGCACCACGGCAUUUGCAUCUCCAAAGACACGUGCGAGUGCAUUCAAACCCAGUCGGUGCUGUAUCAGAAGUACCCGUUGGCGCCUCGAGGCAACACGGGAUGGGCUGGGUCCAGUUGCUCCAUGGCCAUUUGUGUCCAAGGGUUCUACGACGCGCAAUGCCAUGGCCAAGCCCCCGUGGGCCACGAAGGCUGCUAUCGCUGCGCCAACGGUGGCAUGUGUGUGGCGCCGGAUCUGUGUCAAUGCGCCGAUGGCUGGACCGGCUACGACUGCAACCAGCCCGUGUGCAAAGUCAAAGUCACGCCGGAGAUCCGUGCCCAGCUGUUUACCGUGGAUGAAACCAAGGUUCUGGCCUUUGAGAACGACCCGUGCGGCACCCAAGGGGGUCGGUGGGGGAAAGAAGUGGUCAAUGGCGCUGAGAUGGGCCAAGGCAAUUGCACGUUGCCGUACCUGUGUACGUGUUUGUGUCGAGUCCGGUACGACUACGCCGAAUGCAAAAAAUCUGGCGAGUUCUGCUUGAAACCAUGGUACGAUGUGUUUGGCCGUGCGAUUCCUCCGGGGUACAUCUUCGGCACCAAGCAUUGCUCGAGUGGCUUCCAAGGACUGGAGGAUAGCAAAGGACGAUUCCAAUCGUGCCAUCUGCAGAUCUACGAGCCGACGGGUUUUCAGCGGUACACGGCAUCAUUUGUGGCGUUCAUGACCAUCGCGUGCAUACUGUUCAUGGUGUCAUUCUACUGCAUUCGAAGAAACCUCAAGCGGCGCAAUCUGCGCCUCAAGGCCGAACGGCGCCGGUCGAGGCGAGAAUCCGAGGAAAACCCGGUCAACCCAGAAUUCGCAUUUGGGCAUCAAUAACAACAAACAUUCUGCUUGACGGCGAUUGGGCAGUCGAUUUGUGACAAGUACGAUAUUGAUACCAAUGGUAUCAAUAUUAAUAUAAUCCAUACUAUUGAUUUUAGUAGGAGUG